AUGGCGCGGAGCACACACCAGACCCCAGGCGUCCUGCCCCGUCGGCCUGCUGGGUCUCGGAUUUCCGAAGAGAGCCAAGACGAUGAGUCAGGCCGCUCGGAGAGCAGCGAAAACGCUUCCUUCUCGCCGCCAGCGCAUGCGCCUCCGGGCGCCGCUUCGCCCAGCUGGAGAGUCAUCGCCUGCGCAGCCGCGGUGGUGUCUCUGGGCACACUGAAUCAAAUUGCAGGGAAAAUUCGCUCGAAACCUCUCGGCCAGUUCGACUACUUUGUCUCGCUGUGCAAUGCCGUCCUCUACUUCACUGUCUAUACUCUCGCUCUGGUCCUGGGGUACAGGUGGAAGGUCGUCCCCCGCGAAAACCUUUCCUUUGUCUGGCCCUCGCUGUUUCCUCGCUCGGCCGCGGCUCUCUCUCCUUCGGCGUCUGCGGCCUCGGAUUCUGCGUCCUUGUCGCCUUCGCCUCUGUCUUCGGAGCCCCCGUACUGUUCUGUCUCUGUGCCUUCACCUCGCUGUCUCCCUGCGGCUUCUGCCGGCUCUUCUUCGCGCUCCGCCGCUCUCUGGCCUGCUCCCUUCUCGUCUCCUCUGCUUCCUCGACACCCCGUCUCUUCUCCUUCUUCUGUUCCUGCUUAUCCUUCGCCUUCUUCUCCUCCUUCGCCUGCUUCUCCUGUCUCUGCUCCAUUCGGCGCGUGGCGUCUUUUUGUGUUGACGGGCUUGUGCGACGCAUGCGGCAACAUUCUCGGUUUCAUUGCUCAGCCGUACGUCCCCGGACCGCUUUUCUCGCUUGCGACUCAAGCCAUUGUCCCUUUCUCCUGUCUCUGUUCCCUCGCGCUGCUGCGGCGGCGCUACUCGUGCUCGCAACUCGCCGCCCUCCUCCUCGUCACUGUGGGCUUCUUCGUCGCCUGGUGCCCCCUGGUCGGCCCCCGCCAGAGACUCGCGCGCUCUCUCACCGGAGACGCGCCGCUCUGGCGCGCGCCCCACAGCCUGUCUCCACACGCCUUCGAAUGUGGAGAGCAAAGGAGGCCGCCUGUCUCCGAACCGGAAGAGACUCUCUCCGUUGUGUCCACUCUCUCGCAGGGUCUCGAGCCCAGCGCCGCGAGAGAGGGAGGCGCCAGCCGAGACAGAGGAAAGCCGGACGGCCGAGGGAACUCACUGGAGAACGCAGGAGCUCAGGAGGCGCGUGCAGAGAGCGCCGACGCGAAGGACAGAGGAGCUCACGGGAGGCUGAGCAACGAGGCAAAAGCUGCAGAACAGUUGGAGAGAAGCGAGCCAGGAAUUGGCAUGGGAACGGGUGGAGGUGGCGGGGUGCAGGAGAGAGCUGCUCUGGGAGCGGAAGCGGGAGGAAGGUCCGGAAGGUUGUGCGACGAGAUGCGCUCCUGUCUCCGCUCUCCUCUUGUGACGUUUUCUCUCUUUAGAAAUGUCCCUUACGAUCCAUCCGUCUUCGUUCCCUUCUUCGAGAAUGACAACUCAUUCGACGGACGUUGUCUGUCGCCUGCUUCUCCCGCCUCCUCUGUCUCCUCUGCUCCUUCCAUUGCCGCUUCGGCGCCGUCUCCGUUGUCGAUGACGCAGGACACUGCCUCUCAAUCCCUGGGGACCGUCGGUAGCAGCCAAGGGAGUUCUCUUGGGCGCGCGCGCCAACCGGGGGCUGCGAGGCGCUCCUCGACUGGCGGCGAGGACGCGACGCACGAAGCGGACAAGAACGUCCGAGAAACAUCAAGAAGAGAUGAAAAGCAGGAGAAGGAAGAAGACAGACACGAGCGCGAAGAGACAGCGAGAGAAGAAUGGAGGGAAGACAGCACUCCGCGGCGCAGUGGCGAGAAAGAAAUCACCACAGGUCCGAGUUCUCGCAUGUCUGUCGCCUCAGAUCGAGUUUCUCCUUCAACGAGAAAUGUCAAACACGAAGCCACCCGGUUCUCGUCUCGAGAGAAGAAACUAUACACGAGUUCCGCAGUUCCUCCUUAUCCUUCUCAUUCUUCUUCGCUGUCUCUUCCAUCGUCUUCUUUCUCUCCUUCUUCCUCUUCGCUGUCUCUUUUACCUUCUCCUUCUCGGUUUCCUCCAUCUUCUUCUGUGUCUCCUUCUUCUGUGUCUCCUUCUUCGGUGUCUCCUUCUUCGGUGUCUCCUUCUUCGGUGUCUCCUUCUUCUGUGUCUCCUUCUUCGGUGUCUCCCCCAGCGACUGCUUCCGUUUUUUCUUCUCGAGCCUCGAGAGAGCGAGACUGGAGGAAGGAAGACGGACAGGACAACGAAUCGUCGGAGGGGGACGGCAGCAGCCCUGCGGUGUGGCUGUACAUGUUGCUGGCGGCGUUUUCUACCUUUCCGACGGCGCUGAGUUUCGCCUUGAAAGAGAAGCUUUUGUGCAACUACGAAGAGCAGCAGGGGCGUAUGCAGACUGAACACAGCGACUCCGCUGGCGUUCUCUGCCUCUCCGAGUCUGGAGUUCUUCGCAGCUGCCGCGCCGUGGGCUCCGCCUCGCUCGUCUUCUCCUCGGGAGAAGGGGGUGCGUCCGAAGACGAAGAAGAGGAAGAAGAGGAAGAAAGGGGAGAAGUUGAGAUUCUGGCCACGGUGCAGAAGUUUCUCAGGGUGGGGGCGCCGCCAGAGAGAAGACGCAACGAGAAAGGAGACAGACAAACGGGGAGUGGAGACAGAGCCAACUCUGGAGUCCGUUGCCGCGAAGCGAGUCUUGGCGGCUUAGGCGUCAGCACUGCUCGCUCAGCCUCAAUGUGCAUUCAACGGAAGCGGCAAGAAGAGCAAGGAGAGAGACAGAUGGGCGAAGCAGAUGAAGAAAGACAAGGGGGAGAAGACGAUGUGGAAAGACGGAGGGGAGACGAACAGGAAAAGAGACAGAGUGGGAGGGAGAAGAUUUAUCCAAGAAACUUGGGUGCUCGCCCAGCUUCGGACCUUCUGUUGGCAGCUCCUCGCGCGUGUGCCGGACAACGCAUGCAGCGAGGAGAGGACCUGGGAGGAGAGAAGCGUCGAAACGGAGAAGACCGAGAAAGGAGAGGCGACUCUGUGGCCAGGCGUCGAGACUCGGAUGAGGGGGGCAUAUUUCAACGAAGAGACAAAGAAGAAAAUCAGAACGAGAAGUUCGUUUCUCCCAGAAAAUCGUCAAGAGGACUACCCUCGCCAGCGAUCUCUCCGGGGGACAACCGGAGCGAGUUGCGAUACGAGGAAGAACAAGAGAGAGACCGAAGGGAUGUUCUUUCUCAUCAUGUUGGCAACAUGCAUGUGGCGGGAAAACAGAAACUCCACGUCCUUGUCAUAUGUGCUCAUGGAUCCUUUUUCCAACUCGUCUGGAUUCUUCUCUCUCUUCCUCUUAGCGUCUUCAUAGGACAGGCUGGCGACAAUACAUUGCCCACUUACCUCGCUCGUGCAUUUCGAUGCUUCGUCAACGACGCCGGUGGCCUCCCUCCACCGCUUUGUCGGUUUGCCCUACAGGCUUACUGUGGUUAUGCGGCAGUCAACAUCUUGUUCAAUGUCUCCCUCAUUGGCUUUGUCAGCGCAGCCUCGUCGCUGUUGACUUUCGUCUGCAUGAAAGCAACUCUGCCGCUCUCGAUCAUUCUGUACGCGACGUUCUCAUGGCCUCUCCUCGAUUCUCAGGACGUUCGCGUGACAAGUGAAACGGCUAUCAGCCUGUUUCUGAUCCUUCUCGGCAUCAUUUGGUUCCACUGUGAGACUCAAAAGAAUCAAGCGUUGUUUCCUCUGACGGGGAGUCCGCCAUGUUGCUGGCCGCUUCCUUGUUCACGCCUCUUCCGUUUCCGGCGCUGAUCGCUGGCAGCGCUGCGGGAGUUCUCGCAUGGGGAUAAAUCGAUGCUCACCUUGUGCGAGGUCUGACUUCCGAGCUGCAUGCGCCCCAGUCUACUUGCAAACUCACGAGAGUUUGUGUGGAGAUUUUUUUUUGGCAGUCAUGCGCAGUUUUCCCCCAUCACGCGUCAAAGAACGGCUCCCCGCAUUUUUUCCACUGAACGCAUAGAAUCUGCGGGAGUUCAAGCUCGAGUCUUGACGGUUUAUCGUGCAGGUUUGGCAUGUGGUUUCCGUGAUACAGGCCUCUGUGUGUUCGUAGACAGCAUCUGUGUACAGGUAAUAUUUUUAUCUACGCGACAGGGAUGUUCUCGUUUCGCUGCAUUGGGGGGGGUGAUUCUUUUGGCUCC